AUGAUCCCCAUAUCUCCUGCCUCCGCCACUGUCGUGUAUACGUUCAACCCCACGACAUCCGGCGGGGUUGCCGGCACUAUCACCACCCUCGUGAGCACAGCAGCUACUGUGAUCACUGCGGAUUUGGACGUGGCCAAGGCCAACUGGACCGCAUUGAACACCGCCGACGGCAACUGCACCAACGUGACCGACAACCCAGGCAAAGUCUCUGAGCUCACGACUGGUUGCUUGUUCGCCAAGACUGGCAACCAUUCAGACACCGAUUAUGCAUGCGGCCCCAACUCGGACCACAUCAAGGAAAUGACAUGCGCCCACAAAACGUACGGAUGCAACACGACUUCAUAUGCCGAGGCCCCGGGGGUGUGCGAAAAGGGUGACUUGUCCGGCAAAUUCGGCACGAUGAAGGCUGUCAGCGACAAGAUUUCCGAGACCUACGUUGAGCGCCCAGUUAUCCCAGGCAUCCAGUACAACCUCAAUGCUAUGUCCGACGCCAACACACUGUUGGACUUUCUCUUCGACGUCAUGGGAAUGAAGAAGUUAGAGACGCGGCGGCGCUGA